CAAGUUGUGCUCAGUUUACUAUAAGCAACGGUCGGAUACGGUGUUUGUAAAAUACAUACCACAAAUAAACUGUAAUAAACAAAUUUUAUAAUCAGAACCUUGCAGUCUCAUAUACAUACAUGCAUAUUCACAUAGUAUAAAAGUGUUUAAAAUGCAACCGGUCAAAUUUUAUUUCGAUUUUCUCAACCAGUCAAGCCGAGCAUUGUAUAUUUUAAUGGAAGCAUCAAAAAUACCAUUUGAGGCGAUACCUAUAUCAACACUUAAAGGUGAGCAUUUAACUGGCGAAUAUCGUGAUAAAGUGAGUCAUUUCAAGCGCUUGCCGGUCAUUCAAGAUGACAGUUUCUUAUUGGCCGAAAGUGUCGCUAUUUUUCGACACCUAAACCGAGAGAAAAUUGUGCCGGAACACUGGUAUCCACGCCGCAACUUUGGACGCAGUCGAGUUGAUGAGUUCCUUGAAUGGCAGCAGCGAAAUAUGGGAUUGGCAUGCAGCAAUUACUUCAAACAAAAAUGGCUUUUGCCUAUUCUGGGCAAGACAUCUACUGAAGAAACGAAUGCCAGUCUUCUAACAGAACGUUUAAAUCAAUCUUUUAAAGAUUUUGAAAACUUAUUUUUGAACAAGAACAAAUUCGUUAUUGGCGACAACCUUUCUUACGCUGACUUGAUGGCAAUUUGCGAGAUUGAUCAACCAAAAUUCAUUGGGUUUAAUCCCUUUAACCAUCAUCCGAAGCUGGGCCAAUGGUAUGAGAAAGUGAGAGAUGAGUUGGGACCAUACUACAAACACGUGGCAGAUGAGUUUGAUAAUAAAUUGAAAACAGCUGAAAAAAAGAUACCUGAGGUCAUGUAUCUACAACAGUAGAACGAUAACAAUUUGAAUGGAUCUUGCCCGGUUGCACCAAUCAAUUUUAAAUUUAUCAGUAUGUUAAAAUUUAAAAUGGCACAAUUUUGUUCGGAAAAUUUGUAAUUUUUAAUUUUAGUCUGAUAAAUUUUAAAAUUCAUUGGGGAAACUGAAGGUCAUAAUUCAAAACGGCAAAGAUUUGUGUUAAA